AUUCUUAAAGACAGGUCCCUCUUCUCUUCUUUCUCUCCAACACACCCAUCACUAUAAAAUAAGCCACACUUUCCCUCUCCAAUAGCCACACCUCUUUUACUCCCUCUCUCUCCCCCUUUUCUCCCCUCCACAUUUCUUUCUAUUCUCUAAUCUAUCUUUAGCUCUCCUUUUCUUGUUCCUGUUCUUGUUGAGGCUCUUUGUCAAAUAUUCUCUUCAUGCGAGCUUUGAUGGUGGGUUGUGACUAUAAGAAGGGUGCAUGAGUCUUGGGACUUUUGAGCUAGAAUUGUGCAGCUCCAAUAGUGGGUUGAGACGUUCUUGAGCCACAAGGCACAUACAUAUAUACAUAAAGUUUUUGUUCAAUUUCACGUUUUUGUGAGGUGCUCUAAUAAGACAUGGAGAAGCUUAAUUUUGUUAAGAAUGGUGCUGUUAGAUUGCCUCCUGGAUUUAGGUUCCACCCUACAGACGAGGAGCUUGUAGUCCAGUACUUGAAGAGAAAGGUGUUUGCUUGCCCCUUGCCUGCUUCCAUAAUCCCUGAAGUCGAUGUUUGCAAGUCUGAUCCUUGGGAUUUGCCAGGUGAUUUGGAGCAGGAGAGGUACUUUUUCAGCACCAGGGAAGCCAAGUAUCCCACCGGGAAUCGAUCCAACAGAGCCACAGGCUCUGGCUACUGGAAGGCAACUGGAAUAGACAAGCAAAUUGUGACUUCUAAGGGCAAUCAAGCUGUGGGGAUGAAGAAAACUCUGGUUUUUUACAGAGGAAAACCCCCCCAUGGCACUAGGACUGAUUGGAUCAUGCAUGAAUACCGUCUUGCUGGCACCGAAACCGCUGCCUGCAAUGCCCUGCUAAAUAAGAACUCAAUUCAGGGCUCUGUUGCGGUGCCAAUGGAAAAUUGGGUUCUGUGCCGCAUAUUUUUGAAGAAGAGGAGCACCAAAAAUGAGGAAGAAAACAUGCAAUUUGGCAAUGAUAAUAGACUGUCCAAGCUCAGGACCACAAAGCCUGUUUUCUAUGAUUUCAUGACAAAGCACAGGACAACUGAUUUGAAUCUAGCUCCUUCAUCAUCCUCAGGGUCCAGUGGAAUCACAGAGGUGUCUUGUAAUGAAUCAGAUGAUCACGAAGAAAGCAGUAGUUGCAAUAGUUUUCCUUAUUUUAGAAGAAAACCAUAACUACAAUGCCCUUCUUAAUCAGCCAUUAGUUCUUGUACCGUAUUUAGGUGUUCUGGCUUCUCAACCAUAAUAGCCAUCUUAAGCAAACUAAUGCUUGUGUCGUUAGGUUUCGUCUCUCUCAUCUGCGAGUAUGGUUAAAACAGGAAGGCAAAUCACAAGAGAAAAAAAAGGAAAAGAAAACAAACCCGGCAUUACUGUUGUCAGUAAUGCAGAGAAGAAAUGUGGAUGUCGACAAGUUAUCAUGUAAUCAACCUCAAAAUUUCAAAGUAAUUGAUAUUUCUCUCUUUUUGCAAACAGAAA